GGGCCGUUGGCGGUUGGGGGCCGGCGGGGCGCAUGGCGGCGCUGAAGUACGCGGGGCUGGAGGACACGGACAGCGAGGAGGAGCUGCCGCCCGGCUGGGAGGAGCGCACCACCAGGGACGGCUGGGUGUACUACGCCAAUCAUCUGGAAGAGAAAACCCAAUGGGAGCAUCCUAAAUCGGGCAAAAGGAAACGAGUUGCAGGAGAUCUGCCAUAUGGAUGGGAGCAGGAAACGGAUGAAAAUGGCCAAGUCUACUUUGUGGACCAUAUAAACAAAAGGACCACAUACCUUGACCCGAGACUGGCAUUUACAGUGGAAGAGAAUCCUGUCAAACCUACAACUAGACAGAAAUAUGAUGGAAACAGUACUGCAAUGGAGAUACUUCAGGGUUGUGAUUUGAGUGGAAAAGUGGUCAUCGUCACUGGAGCAAAUUCAGGAAUAGGAUUUGAAACUGCAAAGUCCUUUGCACUUCAUGGGGCACAUGUUAUCCUUGCCUGCAGAAAUAUGUCAAGAGCCAGUGAUGCUGUACAGCACAUCCUAGCUGAAUGGCAUAAAGCCAAGGUAGAAGCAAUGACCUUAGACCUCGCUUCUCUUCACAGUGUGCAGCACUUUGCUGAAGCAUUCAAAUCCAAGAAUGUGCCCCUUCACAUCCUGAUCUGCAAUGCUGCUGUUUUUGCUCUCCCAUGGUGCUUGACAGAGGAUGACUUGGAGUCCACCUUUCAGGUGAAUUACUUGGGGAAUUUUUACCUUGUCCAGCUCCUUGAAGAUGUCCUGCGUCGCUCAUCUCCUGCAAGAGUUGUGAUGGUUUCAUCAGAAUCACACAGAUUUACAGACAUAAAAGACUCCUCGGGAAAACUUGACUUUAGCCUGCUUUCUCCAUCUAAGAAAGAGUACUGGGCUAUGCUGGCGUACAACCGUUCCAAGCUUUGCAAUAUACUCUUCUCCAAUGAGCUAAACCGACGCCUUUCUCCCCACGGGGUGACAUCUAAUGCAGUGCAUCCUGGAAAUAUGAUGUACUCGUCUCUCCAUCGCAACUGGUGGGUGUAUACCCUGCUGUUUACCUUGGCUCGGCCUUUCACCAAAUCCAUGCUUACCUCGCUGAAUGGAAUUGACACGUAGUUCCAAGCCGAUUAUGACUCUCCGAUAAACCUUGGAGAGCACUGUACACCAAGGACAAUGGAGUGAACCGUGUUGUACAGUACUUCAUCACAGCCACUUUUUCUGUACUAAUCGGGGAUUUUGCUGCAUAAGGACAGCAGGAUUUGGCCAUAGGUUUGCAUCUAAAAUGUGACCAAUGACGUAUGUCAACUGUGCACUCUCCUUUGUGAAGUAAGGGAAGCUUUUGAGACAUAUCAUAUGUGGUGACGUGUGUGGUGACAGUAUUAAAGAGCUGCUGAAGAUGCAUUUGCCUCACCAUUCCUAAAGUAGGCCACGAGGUUUUAGUUGUGUGACAAACAUUGGAGACGCAUGGCUCUAUCUUCCUAAACCCUACGGCCCUUUGGAUCUGUAAGGGUAACAGUCAUAAUUGCGGUUCCUGCAGGUGCUUUCUCUUAGUUAAAUGCAUGCAUUCAUUUCUAAUUAAAGUAGUUGUUUCAUCUACCUUGCUUAGCUCAUGUAACUUUGAUUCACAUAGACAGUGCCUUCAUUUUCAAGUGUAUCAUCAACGUUCACCUCUUUCCAGCUACCACAGCUCCAGCUACCACUUCCUCCAGCUUUUCCUGCUCUGGUCAAUAGUUGCUAAUAUUUGGGAAAAAACAAAAAUAAAUGUUCACCAAAAUUUCUCUAAAACCAUUUGUGGUUGUGAGGGGCUUUAUGUAUUCUUGCUGAACUUCAGGUUCUUGUUUUUGAUUAUGAAAGUAUUGGGUUAAGCCACGAGGUGUUUGGAUGUCCCACAAGUGGACCUUGUAACUAUUUUCUUUUUAAUUACUAUUCUCCAAGAAGCUUCCUCUACCUAUAUUUAUUCCUUGGAUGGGAAGGCCCCAUCAGAGAGAGACGUCUCCAUGCUAUUGAAUGCUUAGCAUGUAAGCCAAUUCUGAUCUUUGUGAGUAGAGGGCACCAGGCCUGUUCUCUGUUCCUAAGUCUUCAGGAGCAUCCCCAUGGUUUCCCUCUGGGUAUGAAAACAUGAAGGGCUUCUUUUCUUAUCAUACCUCCCCACAGCUUGUUUUCUACUCUUCCCCCAGCUUUUCUGCUUUCUGUGGGGAGAUUGGGACAUUAUGAGGAAGAAUGGGAAACUUCUAUACUCUUUCUCUCCUUUCUAGCCACCACAGUGUUAAGGAGUUGUGAAGGAAUGACAGCUAUCAUUUCUUGGCUAAUCACUCCCUGUGAUUCUUGAUUUCAGUUCUUUUCCCAUUGAAGUUAGUUUACCUUUGACUUCAUUAUGAGCAGUAUCUGUCAUUAAGAGGAUUUGACCUGGCCAAACUAUUAUCAAGCCUCUUGGCCCAGAAGUUAGGAGAGAAAGGCAAAUGUACAAUAGAACUUCCUGAUGUAUCUGGAGGCAGAUCCCAGCCCUUGGUGUAAUUUAGGGCAGCUUUCAGUGUAUUAUACAGCUGCUCGUCACUUAAUGUUGUAGUUACGUUCUUGAAAAAUGUGACUUUAAGCGAAACGGUGUUAAGUGAAUCCAGUUACGUCACAGUAGUUACCAACUAGCAGGCGGUGGCCAAACAACGUUAUCACCGAACAUUGCGCGACUUUAAACAAGUAUGUUCUCUAAUAGAUCAGCGACAUAAUAACGAAACAACGUUAACCGGGAUGAUAAGUGUGGAGUACCUGUACUUGGUUCCCAGACAUUUAUGGUCCAGGAGUUGUUUAGACUGCAGUUGUUUAAAUUGCCACAGGUAGAGUUUAAAAACACUUGUAACUUCUUUAUGAGUAGCUCAGAGUCAGUUGGGCUGGGGCCAAACUCAUAGAAAAGCUCCAGUAGAACCUGAAUCUCCAGCCUCUCGUGAAUUUUAGCUCCAUCUCCUGGGAAAUGGGGGUCAAUCAAGACAUCUGCAGGAGGAUGGUUUUCACUUUCCCAGUGAACUGGGGAUUAUUCUGGUCUUUGCUUCUCCACUUUCUCUCCCUCCAGUCCUAAGACUAGAGUCAGCAGAUGAUAGGACCCUGCUGCAUUGCCCCUUCCCCAGCUCAAAGUGAAGAAGCUUCCAAGAGUUGCAAGAAAGGCAGAGCUCCAGGAGCAGAACUGGUGCAGGAUGGAAAUUAUGUAGAGGUUGGGGAAUGGGUAGAUGUGUGUUGGGAUCGAGACAAAAUUUAAUAGAUAAAUGUAUGCAUAAAGCUCUGCAGCAAGAGUAACAGUAACAGUGGUCAAAAUGAGCUUACUUUGUAAAUUUGGAGCAGGCAUACACCAGAACAGCUGCAGGAGUUCAGAUCAGAAGACCGAUUUUAAAAACCCAACACUUUUAUAUUUUUUUUCUUUCCCUUUUAAUCUCACAGGUGUUUGGUCUCACUUAUGAGUUUUAACGUUUUGGUUUGGCAAUACCAAUAGUAACACUUCAGCUAAGCCACUUUUCUCAUAGUUGCGCUGUAUGUGCUGGGAACUGGCUGCUAUAUUAACUCCAUACCACUGUCUCGGUUUUACUUAAGCCAGGUUUGCAGUUCUUUCCAGAGCUGCAUCAAGCAAAUGAAGGUUUGGUCAAGAACUACUAAAGAGGAAAGUGGCUUUCUCCCAGCACUGUGUUCUCCAUUGUGUGAGACCUUCCCUCUGUCCCCUCCUAAAACAAAACCAACCAGGCAGCAUUCCUGGCGGCUCGCCACUUUGACCAGGCCUUUCUACAGCUGGGAAUGGACUGAUAUUAGCCAUAGUUUGGAAGAAAGCUCCUGUCAGUUAUGCUACCUCUUAGGCAUUUAAAAUGGCAUGUGCAUGUGCUGAUCUGCAGCUCCAGCAGGUGAAGGGGGGAGUCUGGCUGCUCCACACUGUUCUGUUCCUGGGGCCGCAGGUUCAUGGCUGUUAUAAAUGCAGAGUAGUUUAGAUUUGGCCUGACCGACACCUGUAGGCGUCUCUUCAUGCUCCUGCUGAUCCUGCUUGCCUCGCAGUUGUUCCAGAGCCUGGGGAUGGAGCACGUGCACUCAGCUGAUGACAUGUUCUGCAGCUUGAGACAGGUGUGAGGCCAAUGGCAUAAGACACUGUUGGGUCAAAAGGAGAACAAGGCAGGGACAGAAUAUUUCUGGUUAAGUUGUAGUAACUAAAAGGGUCUCUCCUGGCCUUCUGUUCAACCCGGCAAGUUUUCUGUGUCGCUCUAUAACAACAACUCCAGUAGGCCUACUCGCACCCUCCGGUUCCUGCGCCACCUCUGUAUUCCCCUAUAACUUCCUCUUUGCCAAACUCCUUCGUCUCUGUCUCUGUCCUCUACUUCUGUAGGGAACAGGCAAGAAGCUCCUGCUCAAAAAAGCCCAACAAGGGUUGCGAGCAGCUGGUCACUGGAGAAAAGCACUGCACAUGGAGAUGAAUGAGACGCCGAAAAAAUUGCCAACCUGCUGUUCUCCAGCAGUCUCUACAAGUUCUUCCCCCACUUUCCACUUUUUUAUCCUAUGAAGGCCCAGGCACAUGGGAGCGAGUCCUGUGGCAGAAUUUGCAUGCAGCUCACCAGUAUAAAUCCUUUACCUCUGAAUUAAACUGCAGCCCCCACGUAAGAAUGUGCUCACUCCUGAAGCCAUGCGUUCGUUCUUCUGAAGCCCUUAGAUACAUGAAAAAUAAUCUGCCUCUAAAUUUACAUGUUAAUAAUUUACAUAGUUAUUGCACUGCCUGCUACUUAAAUCUUGAUAGUGACAGCAGCAUGCAGUGUUCCUGUUGCUUCUGACCUACGUUGUAUGUCUCUAUAAAAAAAAUACCAUCUUUCUUUCUUCCUUUCCUUCUUUCUUGUGGAAGCAGACAUCUCUUUCGGAGAGCAGUGAGUAGAAAUAGUUAAAUUAGGUAAGUUCAUUAGACCUCCCCUGUUUCACAUGCUGUGCAAAGGUCAAGUGCAGUGCCAUGAUCCCGUUACAUCUUCCUGCCAAUUGGUUUUCACC